UCCAUGACCUACCUCAAUGCAAACUUCUUCAUGUCGCGCGAGCACAGCAGGAAUCAUAAAGAAUUUAUUUGAGAUUGAGUGUUGUAAAAAAAUCGAUUCUUCUUUGUCUUGGCAGAUGAUGCAAUUAACUCUCUGGAUUGCCAUCUCUGUGGCGAUGGUUCAGAGUGCACCACAGCAAUUUUUGCUGUUGAGUCCACGGGCACAGUACUUCCUUCAGCCUGGUCUCAAUAGUCAGCGACCAGUUAUUGCUCCAAUUGGGCAGUUGGGACGCGUCCAGGCGGGCUCUCAGAACAUCGUCCUGUACUACCCCAACGCACAAACGCCCAACAAUACGUUGGUCACAUUCCAACGGCAGGAUGGAACUGGAUUUGAUAUCUUCCAGAUAAUUAACAAUUGGUGGAGUCAGCAAAAUCAGCGACCACAGCAAGGUGCUGGGGCAACCCAGGCUCCAACUGCUCAACCCGGUGGUGCUAGUCCUACUCCUGCUCAGCCACAACCUACUUUGGGUCAACCUGGUCCAACACAAGCUGCAGCACAACCUACUCCCACACAGCCAGGACAACCUCAAUCUACACCUUCGCAGCCAACACCCACUCAGGCUGAUCCGUUGCGACCAGAUACGCGUCCUGCCAUCUCUUUGCCCCUAGAUCCGGUUACAGAUACACGGGGAAGCUUUGAAGCAUCAUCACCAUCUCCAAUUCCCAAUAUUCCUGGGGCACCUCAACUUCCUCAACUUCCUCAACUUCCUCAGGCACCUCAAAUCCCUCAAGCUCCACAGUUACCUCAAUUACCACAGGCUCCACAGAUUCCGCCACUCCCUCAAACUCCACAACUUCCGCAAAUACCGAACUUGCAGCAAUUACCCCAAAUUCCCAAUUUACAGCAACUUCCUCAGAUUCCGAACUUGCAACAACUUCCGCAACUUCCGAACUUGCAACAGCAACUUCCGCAGCUUCCAAACUUGCAACAACAACUCCCUCAGAUUCCUAAUUUGCAACAACAAAUUCCUAAUUUGCAACAACAGAUUCCGAAUUUGCAACAACAGAUUCCUAAUUUGCAACAACAACUUCCUAAUUUGCAACAACAGCUUCCGAAUUUGCAACAACAGCUUCCGAAUUUGCAACAACCGAUUCCGAAUUUGCAACAACAGCUUCCGAAUUUGCAACAACAGAUUCCGAAUUUGCAACAACAGCUUCCGAAUUUGCAACAACAGAUUCCGAAUUUGCAACAACAGCUUCCGAAUUUGCAACAACAGAUUCCUAAUUUGCAACAGCAACUUCCUCAGAUUCCUAACUUACAACAACAACUUCCGCAGAUUCCUAAUUUGCAACAACAAAUUCCUAAUUUGCAACAACAGAUUCCGAACUUGCAACAGCAACUUCCUAAUUUGCAACAACUCCCGCAAAUUCCAAAUUUACAGCAACUCCCCCAACUUCAAUUACCACAAACUCCUCAAGCUCCAGCUCCUCAAGCACAAGCACCCCAAGGUCAAGCACCUCAAGCUCAAGCUCCGCAAGGUCAAGCUCCGCAAGGACAAGCUCCUCAAGCACAAGCACCACAAGGUCAAAAUCCUCAACUUAAUCAAAUUUUCCAAAUCCCUCAAAUUCCCCAAAUACCUCAAAUACCAUUGAUUCCCCAAAUUCCGCAAAUCCCACAAAUUCCUCUUGGCACUCAGGGAUCACAAAAUCCACAAGCUCCACAAAAUCCUCAAGCCCCCCAAGCGCCUCAGGUUCCUCAAGUACCUCAAGUACCACAAGUACCGCAAGUUCCUCAAAUUCCUGGAUUUCCACAAAUUCCACAAAUCCCGCAAAUCCCACAAAUUCCCCAAAUCCCAAAUCUACCAUUGCCCCAAUUGCCCAAUUUACCAUUCCCUCAAAUUCCCAAUAUACCACAAAUUCCCCAAAUCCCUAACAUCCCCAACAUCCCCGGUAUACCACAAUUGAAUCCAGCUGCUAGCAACGAUAGAGUCUUUGUCAUUUCCGGCGAACCUCAAUUUAUUGGGAAUUACGAUGCAUUUUCUAAUCCUUUGAAUCCCAUCUUUCCCCUGAAUUCCAAUUCAUUCAUCCUCAAUGGUGGGAGGUCGACAGAUAAUGAAAUUUCCACGAAUGAUCUACUAGAUGCUUUGACUAGUUCAAGUGAAAUUUCUGAAAGACCUCACCCGAGAGAGAAUGAAGUCACUGGUAUGAUGGAGAAGGGAUUUGUUCUCGAUGAAAGGGGACAAUUUGAGGAUUCACCCGAGGAUGAGAUUGACAAGAUGGAAAUACCUCGGAUUCCUGAAGAAAAUAUUGAUCUACGUCGUGAAGAACCCAAUUCUGAGGAGCCUCUUCGGGAGGAUUCAUUCCGGAUGGAACCAUUGAGGGAAGAUCCCCGUAGGGAAGAGCCUCUCCGUGAGGCAAUCCCAAUGGAAGAACCACUCCGUGAGGAGCCACUUAGAAAAGAUUCUCUUCAAGAAGAAAUCCGCCAGGAAGAACCCCUCCAAGAAGCACGAGAAAUUCCAAGGGAUCAACCUGAAAUGCUGGAAGAGAAUCCCAGUGUGGCUCAAGCUCUACCAGCUGGUGUUGCAUUUGCUGGAAUUGGAGGUCUCGCCUCAACACAACCCGUUGCCACAGCUGCAUCCCUCGGCAAGGGUGGUCUUGCCCUUGCAUCCCCAACUGCAACUUCCGUCGCGGGGGAUUUUCCGCAAAUAACGGACAUUGACACAGACGGCGGUAAUGAAUAAAACGGAAAUCAGGCAAAUGUACAGAGAAUUUUCCACACAAUUAGGAGCGGCUGUAUACGAGGAGUUAAAUCUCAUUGAUCAUCUUCAUCACACAAUCAUCUCAUCGUCAUUGAAAAAAAAAAAGAAUAAAAUGUAAAAUGCCAUAAAAAAAAUAUAUACAUGAUCUCUGAUCAAUGAAA